AUGGCUCCUCUAGCAUUUGAGCCUAGCAAGCUGGUUGACCUCGACCAAAAGAGCUUGUACAUGUCGGCUGCUGCGAUUGCAUUCAACCCUACUUUCUGGAAUAUUGUUGCCCGCCGCGAGUACAGAACCCACUUCCUUUCGCGCAUCUUCAACAACAACCGCCAGGCUGCCUGCUACUUCCUUGCUGCGACCAUCUUCUCCCUGGGCCUCUUCCGUGACUUCUUGUAUGAGCGUGCCCUGCGCGCCCAGCCGUCGUACCCACUCCUCGAGACCGACGAGGUCAAGUAUCUCGCCUACGCCCUGAUCGCAUCCGGCAACGUCCUGGUCAUUACCUCGACGUGGGCACUCGGCAUUACCGGCACGUUUCUCGGCGACUAUUUUGGUAUCCUGAUGGACCACAUGGUGACUGGGUUCCCGUUCAACGUCACGGAUGCGCCCAUGUACUGGGGCUCGACCUGCAGCUUCCUGGGCACCGCGCUGUUGUACGGCAAGCCGGCAGGUCUUCUGCUGACCGCUUGGGUCUGGGUGGUCUACAAGGUUGCGUUGGCCUACGAGAAUCCCUUCACGUCCGAGAUCUAUGCCAAGAGAGACCGCGAGAGAAAGGAGGGCAAGAAAGCCCAGUAG